AUGGAACAGGAAAACCAGACCGGGUUGAAGGAGUUUGUCAUCGUCGGCUUCCCAGGACUCCUCCCCGAGUACUACGGCCUGGCCUCGGCUGUGAUGUUCCUUGUCUAUUUCUGCACUUUGGUUGGAAAUGUGUUAUUUCUUUUCCUGUUGUUCAAGGAGCGCAGUCUGCACAAACCCAUGUACUAUAUCAUUUUAAACCUCGUCAUAUCUGACAUACUGUUCAGCACCACCACUCUGCCAAAGAUCAUCGCCAGGUAUUGGUUUGAUGCAGGAGCCAUUUCAUUCACUGCCUGCUUUGUGCAGAUGUAUUUUGUGCACUAUUUCGGAACAGUGAACGCUGUCAUAUUACUAUUAAUGGCUGUAGAUCGAUAUGUGGCAAUAUGUUACCCACUCAGAUAUCCCAUGGUCAUGACAAACUUCAAUGUAUGCAUUCUCAGCGUCAGCACCUGGAUAAUUUCACAGGUUGGUCCACUUAUGAUGGUUAUUAGGGCAUAUCCUCUGCCUUACUGCGCAUCGAACGCAAUCGUUCAGUGUUACUGCGACCACAUCGCAAUCACGGUACUGGCGUGCACAGACAGGACCCCUUACGGUUUCCCAGCCUUCAUUCUUGCAAUGUUCGCACUACUGGUGCCCCUCGGCUUAAUUGUAUUUUCUUACUGCGCCAUCAUUGUUGCGGUCCUUAAAAUCGCCAGCACCCAAAGCCGCCUCAAAACUAUGUCCACCUGCAGCGCCCAGCUGAUCAUCAUCGCCCUCUACUUCCUCCCUCGGUGCUUCGUCUAUCUGGCCAGCAACGUGGGCAUCACCUUCAGCACCGAUCUGCGCAUUGCCAUCAUCAUGCUUUACAGUCUGCUCCCCCCGAUGAUCAACCCGCUCAUAUACUGCCUGAGGACUGCGGAGGUUAAACAGAGUUUGAUCAAAAGAUUCAGAGGUGCAAAUGUUGAUAUUGAGAAACCAGAUGUGCCGGAGAACCAAAACUAA